AAGGCAAGAGGUGGGGUCUGCCAAGCCUUUAUAGCCAGGAUUACUCGAGCUGACGUUAACACAUUUUCCUCAGACUACAGUUGAAAGACAUCAGCAGAAAUGAGGGCACUUGUAAUCUUAAGCCUCUUCGGAUGUGCACUUGGAGAAGACAGGAUUUUUUCUUGGAGAGGAAAUGGCAGCCAAGUUGACACCAAUGAGAACGCGUGUCUGACUGAUGUGGCAUCUUGCGGGUGCUGCCUGAUGCAGAAGCAGAUCUGGAUGUUCGAGAUGGUUUUCAACAUGACAUUAGAUGAAGUACAGAGGAACCUGGAGAGAGCUCAUUCAGUGUUAAACAAUAUUCGCGCCAGUCGCAGUGCCUUCUCUGUGGCUCUUACUGACACACGCCUCUGUGUCGGCCCAAAUCGUGAAGACUCUGUGGUGAAGUAUAGCAGUGUAUUUGUUAACUUGGGAGAUGGCUACAGCACCGACACUGGUGCUUUUGUAGCACCACGUUCUGGUGUCUACAGCCUGGCACUAACGGUUUAUAGUGAUGCUGGUGCUCCUGGAGCCACAUUGGCUGCUUGUGCUCGACUCCAACUGAACGGGCGCUCUAUUGCAUCCCCAAGUGAGAACAACCUUCAAGACCAGGAGGACAGCACUAGCGCUUUACUAGUAGUGCAGCUGCAUGCAGGAGACAGGGUGGAUGUUGCUCUUCCAGCCGGCUGCUUUCUGUGUGACAAUAACAACCACUACAAUACUUUCACUGGGUUCCUGCUCUAUGCAACUGAUUAA